UGACACGCAGUGAACUAUUCAUUCCCCCAAAAUUGAUUUCGCUUUGACCAGAAGACGUCUACGGGAACUUCGACCCUAGUGUUUUUUUGGAUAACACAUCUAGGACUGAUUAUUACUUUCGUUAUACAAUAUUUCAGGGGUAGACUAGGUCUAAGCGAGACGGCCAACAGCGGGGCCAAAAAUAUGCUGCAAGGUCAUUAGCGGGCAGAGCCCGUGCCAGGGCUUAAAUAUGGAGGUUGACAGGGAGCCAAUAACAAAUGGACCGGGCCCGCCUGGCGUUGACGCCCAUGGGGCCGGUUCGGUCAAGGAAGCAGGCGAAAUAAGGAGCGUCCUGGCUGUGGAGAAGCCGGUCGCUGGGACUCAGGGAAUGGCGCAUCUGGCGGCCGUCACGAUGACCUACCCGGAGUACUCGCUGUUAUUUCUGCGGAAAAGCAAUUUUGUGCGGAAAUGGUGCGUGUACACCACACACACGCGUGUGUUCGAGUGGACCAUCCUGGCUGCCAUCAUCGCCAACUGUGUCACGCUCGCGGUCAGCAGCAAUCGGCAGGACUUUGAUGAAACGCCACUGGGGAGGACGCUGGUGAACCUGGAGUACCUGUGGGUGGCAAUUUUCACCACGGAGGCGCUGCUGAAAAUCGUGGCGAUGGGCUUCGUGCUGGCUCCGGGCACGUACCUGCGGGACGGGUGGAACAUCGUGGACUUCACGGUGGUGGCUCUGGGCUUUGUGGACAUAUUCAGCAGUGGCAACCUCACGGCGCUGCGGACCGUCCGUGUACUGCGGCCGCUGCGGGCUAUCACGAGGAUCCGUGGCAUGCGGAUCCUCGUGACGACCAUGAUUGCAGCGCUGCCCAUGCUGAUUGACGUGUUCGCGCUGUGCGCUUUCACGUUCUUCAUCUUCGGGCUGGUGGCCGUGCAGCUCUUCUCCGGGCGCAUGACGCACAGGUGUGCCGUGCCGGUGUUUGACGGCUCUUAUACGGAGGUGGUGGGCGGCAGCACCUUUUACCGCAACGUAACGUAUGUCGUCCAAGACGAGGAGAGUGGCGACGGAUGCUCGGGGCCCAUGAGUGAAGGCCUGGAGUGGGUCGACGUGAACGGGACGGCUGUGGCGCUGGCGGGCGGCGACGGCCUGGGCCGCGCAUGCCCGGACGGGCUGUACUGCACCAACUACGGCAACCCAAACUACGGCAUCACCUCGUUCGACCACAUCUUGUGGGCCUGGCUCACCAUCUUCCAGAUGAUCACGCAGGAGGGCUGGACGGAUAUUAUGUACUUUACUAGCGACACCAUCACCUGGUGGGUGUGGCCUUUCUUCGUGGCGUUGGUGGCGUUCGGCUCUUUCUACAUCAUCAACCUGGCGCUGGCGGUGCUGUUCAUGCAAUUCUCAAAUGAUAACCACGCGGACGACCCCAGCAAAAAGAAGAGCGGGCGGCAGGGCAGCGGGGAUGGGCAGCGGCAGGGCGACAAGGCGGGCGCAGGUGGCGGGGGCGCGGCGAACAGCGGAGGAGAGCACAAGGACAGCGACAGCGAGUCGUCCAUGUCAGAUGUUGGGUCGGAGGAGGACGAGCGGCUCCGGCCCACCAUGGCGGAGGUGACGGGGCUGCGGACCGUGGGACAGCACAGCACCAAGCUGAAGAGCGCCACCUCGUCUCCGCUGACGAUGGACGAGGUGGAACGCCUGAGUCCGUUCCGGCGGCGCUUGUAUCGGGUGGCGGCCAGCCGCUGGCUGGAGCUGUUCACCAUGAGCCUCAUCAUCCUGAACACCGUGCUCAUGUGCAUCAACUGGUUUGAAAUGCCGGAGAGCGUGGAGCGAGCCACUAACUACAUUAACUACGUGUUCACCGUCUACUUUCUGGUGGAGAUGAUUCUGAAGAUGACGGCCUUCGGCUUGGUCAGGUAUUUCCGCGACGGCAUGAACAUCUUUGACUGCCUGGUGGUGGUGAUCUCGGUGACGGAGAUGGUCCUGGACAUCAUCCCCUCCGUGUCGGGCCUGGGGCCGCUGUCCGUGCUGCGGGCCUUCCGCCUGCUGCGCAUCUUCCGACUGGCGCGGAGCUGGAAGGAGCUGAACCUAAUCAUUCGCGCCAUCUUCAAGAGCAUCACCAGCACCACCUACCUGCUGCUGCUGAUGCUGCUGUUCAUGUUCAUCGCCUCGCUUAUGGGCAUGCAGCUAUUCGGCUACAAGUUCAUGUUUUGCGACUACGUGGAGGGCGCGGCGCCAACCUGCCCCCUGGGAUGGAACGUGUGGGGCCAGUGCCCCGACCACUUCCACUGCUACCUCCCCUGCAUGUCUGCCGAUUACGGGAGCUGGGUGAACGCGACCGGCUCGUUCUACAACGACCUCGCGUACUGCGAGCGCUUCUGCGCUAACGACCAGGCGGCUGCAGCGGCCGACGCCAACGCCACAUCGCCGGACGUGGCGGCGGCGGGCGGUUGCGAGUAUCUGGCGAUGGUGGGCAAGUCGGAAGUGCCCAGAGCCAACUUCGACAACAUCUUCUGGUCCAUGUAUACCGUGUUCCAAAUUUUGACCAUGGAGAACUGGAAUAAUAUCAUGUAUGACGGCAUGCGCUCCACCACGCCGUGGUGCGCUGCCUACUUCGUUGCUGUGGUGCUGAUUGGCACGUACCUGGUGUUUAACCUAUUCGUUGCGAUCCUGCUCGACAACUUCUCGUCGGUAUUCGGGGAAAGCGACGACUCAGACGGCAGUGGCUCGGGCUCGUUAAAAGCAGACGGACAGGCGGCUGGCAGCGGCAAGCACAAGAGCCGCCGCUCCUCGUCCUCAUCUUCUGACACGGACAGCUUGCAUGACUCAGACUUAGAUGCGGGCGAGGCCGGCGACGCUUUUGGCAGCAUGCGCAGCCACUGCGAGUACGCCGGCAACGAGUUCGCUGACAGCCCGCAUGCAGACGACGCCUCGCGGCCUAGCAGCCCGGGCGGCACCUACUACUCCACGGAGGGCUACCACACCCGCUUCAGUAGAGAAUACGAGAGGGCGCACGGAGCAGGGACGGGCAGGGGCAGCGGCGAGGGGGGCGGCGCUGGGUACACCACGCAUGAGGCGCACGCACAGCGGGCAACAGGCGGGCCAGGCGGCGGACAUGCGCCCACUGGCGCAAGUCCGGCGCCCCAGCAGGGUGAAGGGGAGGACGUGGCGGCAGCGGGAGGCGCGGACGGGCCAGGCGCUGGGGCGGGGCCAGGGAUAGGGAUAGGGAUAGGCGGCAGCCGGAGAGCGCCGCCGACCCUCCACCUGCCCGAUAGUCCCUCGGCGGUAGGCGCACUGCCUCCCAUCGGCCCGGCGCAUCAGCCGGUGCCCAGCCCUAAGACGCCCUUCAGCGCGGGCAUAGGGUACGCACAUCCCAGCCCCGGAGCCAAAGGGGGGCACCCGGUGACACAGAGCCCCUCGGACCUCAGCCGGGGGUUACGUGGCGUGCUGCGGAAGGUGGUGCCGGUGGACGAUGAGGGUCGGCCAGGCAGCAGCCAUAGCGGUAGCCAGCCACCGCGCCCUUCGCUGCGCCCUGUCAGCGCCGCGCCGCGCCCGCUAAGCUCCGUCCGUGGCGGCGGCGGCAACCGCGUGCGGCCCGUGUCUGGGCGCCCGCCGGUAAAGUUUGACGGCGUUGAUUCCGGUCGUGAAGGCGGCGGCGGGGGCGGCGUGACGUUCGCGAACGACGCAGUAUCGCGCCGUGCUUCCUUCAUAGCGGCGCACCAGACGGCGGCGGCGGGCAGCCAGGGCGCCGGCGAGGCCAAUGGCGGCUCCACGUCGCAGGGCGGCCUGGCGGCGAGCAUUAGCCGCAGCAUUGGGCGCAGCAUAGGGCGCAGCGUGUCGCGCACGCUGCAACGGGCCAUGAGCUCCAUCCGGUCCAUCCGCGAGGUGCGGCACAACGAGCACCUGGCCAAGCAGAUCAAGGGCCGCUCGCUGCUGCUGCUGGACCCAGAGCACUGGGUGCGCUGGCGUGCGGCCCGCAUGGUGCACCACACGCACUUCGAGACCGUCAUCCUCGGCCUCAUCGUGCUCAGCUCCAUCACGCUGGCGCUGGACUCGCCGGGCCUGGAUCCAGAUUCCCAGCUCGCGCAGGCGCUAAGAUACCUGGACUACAUCUUCCUAGGCGCCUUCACGCUGGAGGCGGCGCUAAAGAUCAUCACGUUUGGCUUCGCCUUCACCGGCAAGCACGCCUACAUUCGCAACGGCUGGAACGUGCUCGACUUCAUCAUCGUGCUGGCGGGCUAUGCGCUGUUGGCGGUAGAGCUGUCAGGUGCCAACGGGGAAGACCUGAAGAUGCUGCGCAUCCUGCGGACGCUGCGCGCGCUGCGCCCGCUGCGCGCCGCCAGCCGCUACGAGGGCCUGAAGCUGGUGGUGAACACCCUGUUCGCGGUGCUGCCAGCCAUGGCGGACGUGGCGCUGGUGUGCGCGCUUUUCUACAUCAUAUUCUCCAUUCUGGCUGUGAACCUAUUCAAGGGUCAGCUGUACAACUGCAUCGAUGCGGACAGCGGCGAGCGCCUGGACCCCUACUACCUGCUGCCGCCGGGGCAGACUCUGGAGCGGGGCAUGUGCGAGGCCGGCAGCAUCACCGUCAACAGCUCCGUGUACACCGCCGCGCGCAACAUCUCGCUCAUGCCCUACAACAUCACCACCAGCUGGGUCAACCCGGUCGCCAACUUCGACAACGUGGCCAUCUCGAUGCUGACACUCUUCCAAAUCGCCACUCUGGAGCUUUGGGUGGACAUCAUGUUCACGGCCGUGGACGUGGCGGGCGUGGGCAAGCAGCCCCUGUGGAACAACCACCCCGUGGUGAUCCUGUUCUUCAUCCUGGUGGUCAUCGUGUGCUGCUUCUUUGUGCUCAACCUCUUCAUUGGUGUCACGCUCGACAAGUUCACGGAGCUGCAGCAGGCGCAGACCGCGUCCAGCGUGUUCGUCACGCCGCAGCAGCAGAACUGGGUGGAUGUGCAGAAGCUGCUGCUGCGUACCGGCAUGACCUCGCGCCCGGCACGGUUCGAGGAGCCGGCCUGGCGAGCCGGGCUGUACGACUUCGUAAUGGGUUCCGUAUUUGAAGAGUUUAUCCUGAUCACCAUUGUGGUCAACGUUCUGUUUAUGGCCAUGGUCCACGCCGACAUGUCGCCGCAGUGGCAGGCCUGCAUGACGUACACCAACCUCAUCUUUACGUGCGUGUUCGUCAUUGAAGCGGCGCUCAAAAUCAUGGCGUUUGGCGCGUUUGCCUACUUCCGGGACCGCUGGAACGCGUUUGACUUCUUCGUGGUGGUCAUCUCGGUUGCCUCGGUGGUUCUGGACUUCAGCGGCACACAGAACCUGAGCUUUAUGCCCGUGCUGCGGGUGCUGCGAGUGGUUCGCGUGGUCCGACUGAUACGCAGGGCGGUCGGCAUGCGGAGACUGCUGCUGACAUUGGUGCAAUCGCUGCCGGCACUGGGCAAUGUCGGCGGCGUGAUGGUGCUGUUCUUCUUCGUGUACGCGGUGAUCGGCAUGAACUUAUUUGGCGGCAUCAAGUUUGGCGACUACAUCUCCCGCCAUGCCAACUUCAACAACUUUGGCAAAGCCAUGCUCCUACUUUUCAGGAUGAUCACGGGAGAGUCGUGGUCGGGCGUGAUGCAGGACUGCAUGAUCACACACAACUGCGUGCUCAUCACGGCCAACGUCACCGCACCCGCCACCAAUGCCACUCUGGUGGAGGGCACGUACCUGUCGCCCAACGACCCCAGCAUGAGCGGCCUGCCCCCCGACGUGCACCAGAACCAGUGCUCGCUCAGUCCCUGGGCCGCGGUCGUGUACUUCCCGACGUUUAUUGUACUGUGCGGUUUCAUCCUCUUAAACCUGGUCAUCGCAAUCAUCCUGGAGAACAUGAUCACCAGCGAAAACGACGAGGGCCUGACAGUCAGCAAGUCGCUGGUGGGCCAGUUCGUGGAUGCCUGGAGCCAGGUGGACAACUGCGCCACCGGCUACGUCCACGCCUCCAAACUGCCGCUCAUCAUCUCGCACAUCGAGCCGCCGCUGGGCACGCGCGGCCAGGGCAACGCACGCGCCGUCACGCAGGCGGUCAUCAUGUCUGUGGACGUGCCCAUUCACGAGAACAACACCGUGACCUUCGUAGAGACGCUGCACGCGCUGGCAGGGCGCGUGGCCGGCACGGAGCUGCCCGAAAUCGAGGAGGAAUGGCUUGUGGAGAAGUACAGUAAGCGCUUGCCUGAUGGCGGCGCCGCCUUUCCAAAGCUCACGGCGGCGCACUUCCACGCGGCGCUGUACGUGCAGGCGGCCAUUCGUGGCUUUAUGGCGCGGCACAAGAUGCGCGGCAUGAUGCAGACGCUGGCGGGCGGGCCAGGCGGGGCGGGUGGUGGCACUGGGAGCGGCAGUGGCGCGGAUGCGGACGGGCUGCACAACGGUGGCAAGGCGUUCGAGAAAGGCGGCAAGGUCGCGUAAAGCUAGGUGGCCCGCGAGCGGUUGAGGUGCGGGUUCGGAUAGGAGUGGAAGCAGCAGGGGCGGGAUGGCCUUCACUGCACCCAUUUAGGCAUGGACGUGGAGUGAGGUUGGCUGCGGUGAGAGUGGCGUGAGAGCAUGGGUGGAACUUUGGGAACUGCGCAGGAUGAAGGUGGAGCAAGUAGGCGGGUGAGCGGCCGAGGCAUGCGCACUCACAUUUAUAACGUACGAGCGUUAAUGCAAUGCCAACAUAUGCCAAUGUGUGCAUGAAUGCAGGGUUGGAUAUUAGUCUGGCUGUUGCGGGCUGUCUUACACUGUGACCACGCCAAGUGCUUGUUUAAUUGAUGGCUGAGGCGGGCGCUUCCUGUGUUGAGCAUGGCGACUACGUGCGGCCCUGGCGACUAGUGACCCUGGUGUCGCUGUAUGAAAGAACUACAUCGCACUCAAAUGGAUGACAUGCUCGCGUUGCCAGGCGUAAGGCAAGCUGAGAGGCCAGGUCAGGGGCCGGGUAUGUGUGUACGGUGGGUCGGGGCUUUCGGGCUGAAGUUCUUAGGCGCAUGCACCAUUUCGUGUACGGCCUGCUGGCACUGUGUAACUGAAUUCCUUCGUGUUCGAGGCGGUGGCGAUGCCGCACCCGUGUUGCGUAAGGACCCGCUGCCGUGGACCCCCAGCACACUUUAUGGUGCGUAACCCAAUUAUUACGAGGGGGAUUUGUCGACGUGUCGUGUUCGAGACUUCGAGGCUCCAGAGUGAUGCAAGUCU